AUGGAGAGUCGUGCGAUAUUAGCCCCCACGCUAGAUGUUGUGAAUGCAGUGAAUGAAUAUAUGACAGAUCUCCAUGUUGCUGAAAGCCGGACAUACCUAAGUUGCGACACGGUGUGUAAGGCGGAUUCAAAUAAUGGCAUCCUAUCGGAUAUGCACACUCCAGAAUUCCUUAAUGGAUUAAAAGCAUCUGGCAUUCCUAAUCAUGCUUUAACUCUUAAAGUGGGAUCUCCAGUCAUGUUGUUGAGAAAUAUAGAUCACGCAAUGGGACUUUGCAAUGGCACAAGGCUUAUUAUCACUAGAUUAUCAGAGCAUGUUAUCGAGGCAAAAAUUGUCGCUGGUCAUAACACUGGACAAAUCGUCUUGAUACCAAGGAUGUCAAUGACGCCAACAAAUACAAGGCUUCCAUUCAAUUUUCAAAGAAGACAAUUUCCGUUAGUGUUUGGCAUAUGCGAUGACCAUUAA